AUGCCCCAAUUCAUAUUCGUCGAGCUUCCUAGCUUCCGUAUCAAGAACGCCAGUGGACAUACAGUACGCCUGAACUAUGCACAACUGGGUUUAAUAGGUGCUCUGUACCAAUUCGUGCGCAGCGGCCUCCGCACUAGCGACCAGGUCGACUUGUCGGCAUCUCUACUCUUUGCGGACGGAGAAGCAGAUCUUUGGACGGCGAUGGCGGGAACGGGGGACGGCGGACACAAUCCGCACGCCGAGGAAAACAUGCUACUAUCGUAUUUUCAAGCAUUUGACUCCCCGGGAUCGUAUCCAAUUGUUGACGCUAUGCUUCUAAGGCGUGGCGAGCCUUGCAGUAACUGCGCCGGAUAUUUUACCCUAGGCGGCAAGCAUCUACGACCGAUCGACGGAACACCGACAUUCCGGGCUAAGUUCACGGCCCGGUCCGACCGCUCAUAUACCCCAGUCUUCCAUCUGGCACGUGGACUUGAUGCCGCUCAGCGGACUACCCUAUGGGCCCAACUAGCGCGGAUGCGGACGGACGAGCCCGGAGUUAUCAUCGCCUCUAGUGCUGACGUCCCGGUCGGUCAGGCUUAUUAUCUGCUCCACGACUCCCCUUGGUACGCUAUCAAUGGCCAAGAGAGCAUGACAGAUGCGCAAAUCGCAGAAGCGAUUGCGAGACAGGGGGUCCUCCCGACUUAUUGGAUUGGGAGGUGA